AUGAUUUCUGAUGCUCAAUUAAAUACUUUGGUGCUUUCUUUUGGUGUCGUGAUGGUAGCACUAAUCACCUUAUACCAUGGGAUUCAAUCCACCAUAGUGAACCAUAAGAAACAGUAA